AUGGCGUUUUCGUUCGGAAAGCCGCCGGGCGGCGCGUCUGCGCCGCUGUUUGGCAAUGCAAGCGCCACGCCGUCGUUCGGCACUCAGGCGCAGGGAACGCAGGGCGCGCCGGCGGGGCAGGCGGGGCAGUCGGGCUUCUCGUUCGGCAGCACCGCGCCGUCGGGCGGCCUGUUUGGCCAAAAACCCGACGCGAGCGCACAGGCGCCGGGCGCACCGGGCACGCAGACACAGAGCGCCGGGCUCUUUGGCCAGCAAAAGCCGGCGUCGACUGGGAUGUUUGGACAGCAGGGGCAGCAGGGGCAGCAGGGGCAGCAGGGCGGAUUGUUCGGGCAGUCGGCGCCGGCACAGCAGGGCCAGCAACAAGGCGGCCUCUUUGGCCAGUCGCAGCCGGCGCCGCAGGGCCAGGGCGGUCUCUUUGGGCAGGCAUCGCAGCCCGCACAGGGACAGCAGCAGGGCGGGCUCUUUGGCCAGUCGACCCCACAGCCGGCGCAGGGCCAAGGCGGGCUCUUUGGCCAGUCAACACAAAACCAGGCGAGCGGCCUUGGGCAGUCGGCGCCCCCCGCGCCCUCCGGCGGGCUCUUUGGCCAGUCGAGCACACAGCCAGGCCAGCAACAGGGCGGCCUGUUUGGCCAGUCGUCCGCCGCGGCCAAGCCCGGCGGCGGCCUCUUUGGCGCGCAGCCUGCUGGUGCGCAAAAGCCGUCGCUCUUUGGGCAGUCGCAGCCUGCAUCCUCCGCGCCGCCCGCGCCCAUGGGCCAGUCGACUUCCGCGCCGCAGGACAAGAAACUCGGCGCGCCGCUCAAUACGCAGCUCGAGCAGAUCCGAGCGAGCUGGGAUACCUCGAAUCUGUCUACUUGCCAGUUCCAGCACUACUUGUACAACCGUGCGCCGGAUGCGCAAGCGCUCCCCCAGCUUGCCGUGCGGCGUGCGGAUGCCGUUGGCCCGAUGCACGAUGCGCUGUGGGCGAAAGCGAUGCAAGAGAACCCCGAGCCGGACCGCCUAUACCCCGUGCUGGCCGUCGGCUUUGGCGAUCUGCAGGCGCGUGCGCGUGCGCAGUCUGCCGAAGCCGGCCGGCAGCACAACAAGCUCGCCGAGCUGUCCAAGCAGCUUUCUGCGCUGCAGCAGAAGCACGAUCUCUCGAACGCCGUCCGUGCACAGUCGGCAAUGCUGAUGCAGGCGCGUAUCCACCAGCGGCUCCUGAGCCUGAUCAAGGACAGUGCGACGCUCAUCCCCGCGCUGCGUGGCCAGACGAUGACCGCGAGCGAGGACAUGCUCCUCUCGGUGCUCGAGUCGUGCGAGGCGCAGCUGAACGGCGCGACGAACGAGUACGCGGGUGCGACACAGACGCGCCUGCGUGCGCAGAUCAACGAGCUCUGGGCGCAGCUCGGCGUGGUGCGCGCCAAGCGCGAGGCGCUUGCAUCGCAGGGCCGCGUCGACUCGGGCAACACCGAGUGGGCGGUCGUGGACGAGGCGAGCUUUGAGGAGAUUACGAGCAUCCUCGCCUCGCUCCAGCAGGGCCUGCUGCACCUGACCAACACGCUCAGCGCGGAUACCAAGGCGCUGAACAUGGUCUGCGACGGGCUGACCGGCGUCCCGCUCGUCGGCAUCCGGAAUCGGUAG